AUGGAAGGCAGAAAUGAAACCAACAUAGCAGAAUUCAUCCUUCUUGGAUUUGGAGACCUCCAGGAGCUACAUAUCUUUCUCUUUGUGUUGUUUCUAAUGAUAUAUGUCAUGACUAUGGUUGGGAACCUGAUCAUUAUUGUAGUAGUUGUGACUGAUCAAAGCUUACACACCCCCAUGUAUUUCUUUCUUGGGAAUCUGUCUUGCUUAGAGACCUGUUACAGCUCAACCAUCAUUCCCAGAAUGCUGGCCAGUUUCAUAACUGAAAACCAACAUGUUUCAGUGAAUGGCUGCAUUAUGCAAUUGUGGGGGUUUGGUUUCUUGAUAGCAGCAGAAUGCUGCCUCCUUACUGUAAUGUCCUACGAUCGCUACGUGGCGAUAUGUAGGCCCCUGCAUUAUUCACUUCUUAUGAAUUUCAAGGUCUGCCUCCAGUUGGUGGCUGGAUCUUGGAGUUGCAGUUUUGUAAUAAACAUGAUCUUGUUAAUUUUUAUCCUGCGGUUGACCUUCUGCAGCCACAGUGUUAUUGAUCACUUCUUCUGUGACUUCAUCCCAAUGGUGAACACAGCCUGUAGUGACACACAUCAAAUAAAAGUUCUGUCACUUGCUCUCACCUCCAUCAUCACACUGCCAUUAUUCUGUAUAACAAUAGCAUCCUAUGGGUACAUCAUUUCUGCCAUUCUUGGAAUCCCGUCCACCACAGGAAGGCAAAAGGCCUUCUCUACUUGCUCUUCACAUCUCAUUGUGGUGGCCAUUUUCUAUGGCACCCUCAUCACUGUGUACAUUUUACCAGAAACCAAUGAAGUGAGAGAGCUGAACAAAGUCUUCUCUGUUUUUUAUACUAUCUUGACACCUCUGAUCAAUCCCCUCAUAUACAGCCUGAGGAACAAAGAGGUAAAGGAGGCUCUGAGAAGAGCAGCUAACAAAUGUGCACUCAACAUGAUAGUUUAUUAA